CCCUAAAAAAAUACACCAUUAACACCUAAAACAUCCAGAUCAAGGUAGCUCCUCGAUCCAAUACUCCGCAAUCUCCUCCGCUCCUCCGCCGUAUACAACUCCUCUCCGCCAUGGACACCGCCGGUUCACCCGACCCAAAUCCACCACAACCCACCACCACCACCACCGUCGUCGACGAUCCACUAAACAAUCCGUACACCUCCCUAAACGCCCUCUGCCACGACCUCUCCGAUCUCCAAGACCUAGCAACUCGUGGCGCGUGGAAAUCAAUCCUCGAUAAAGUCGGCCACGCGCGGUCCCUGAACCUCCUCACUAAACCCCACGAGCACCUCACAUACCUCACCUUCAACGCCUUAGCUCUCACCAAGCUCCGCCGCCCCGUUGAUGCUAAUCAAGAGCUCGAAACCCUCCUCGAAAAUGGCCAAGAAGAUUUCAACUCCCCACAAUUCCAUUACCAUAAUUACCCUUCUCACUACCCCAACAUGAAGGGCAAUUUCGUCCCUUUUGCCCUCCGUUGGCUCCACGCUUAUCUCCCCCAGGCACUUGGCCAGCGCGUGAAGUCACUCGACCGGCUUUACACUCUCCUUGAUUAUAUUAGAUCGAGAAAGAUUGACACUUUAACCAACCCCAGUAAGGAAUCUUGGAAAAGGAGGGAAGUUUUGGUGUUGAACACGAUAAUUAGUCACCAUUUGAGUCAAAAAGAUUUUAAAUUGUGCUUGGAAUUGUUGAAUAUGUUGAUUGAGUUAUGUGGGAAUGAUGAUCCGAACGUGUUGUCGAAAUUAGGGUAUGUAAAAAUGCAGUAUGGUGAUGUGGAGGGCGCGAAAAAGGCGUUUAAUUCGGUGGAGGGGAUGGUAGGGAGUGAAAGUGAAGUGGGGUUGAGGAAUUUGGUGAGUAGGAAUAAGGCACUAAUGUAUAUAGUGGAGAAAGAUUAUGUGUCUGCAGUUAGGGAGUAUGAAGAGUGUAUUGAGAGGGACGGAAUGGAUAUGGUGGCUAUGAAUAAUAAGGCUUUGUGUUUGAUGUAUUCUAGGGAUUUAUCCGAUGCUAUUAAGGUGUUGGAAAAUGCUUUGGAGAGGGUUCCGACUGUGGCGUUGAACGAGACUCUUGUGGUGAAUUUGUGUAGUAUGUAUGAAUUGGCUUAUGUUAAUCAUUCGGAUAUUAAGAGGACGCUUAACAAUUGGAUUGCUAGAGUUGCUCCUGAUGAUUUUGACUCGACUUGUACUCGAACAUGAGAACUGAAGUUAAUGUUACUUAGUGUCAGGUAAGACACAAAGGUUCCCAAAGCAAACUAAGCUAUUACAAAUACUAUCCGAAAUAUCCUUGACAGAAGAGGCUCCUAAACUAUCAUUGGAAAGUGCAGUCGAUACUGUCAUAGGUGGAGCUACUAAGAACACUGGUCUGCCAUUAUUUCUAGUUGCUUGGGACCCUUCCUGCGCCAAAAUGUGAGCCACCAUGUUACCUUCGCGGUACUUAUGCCGAGUAUUGGGCUGCCCAACUUCUGCAUUAGCAACCUGUAGUCAUGAGCAAGAGACGCAUGCAUUAGUGAAUCCUUCUCUAGUAAAGUCAUGAUUUCAAUAGAGCCCGUCUCGCUCUCAAAAGGUAGUAGUUCUUGGUCAAGAGCAACCUGUUGUCCCAAAGCCAACUUGUACUACUAAUUGAUUUCGAUCUUGUUAGGUAGCUUACUAUUUUCUGGAAUAAAUUUAUUCGGAAAAGCAAUAACCCUCUUGUAGAUUGUUAGCACUUCCCAGACCCCACUUGUGGGAUUACACUGGGUUUGUUGUUAUUAGAUUGUUAGCGCUUAGCACUAUAGCAUAAUGCAUGUAACUUUUGUUAUA